AUGAACAAGCGACCGGAGGCCGCUCGGCGGGGAGGGGGGGCCCGAUGGGUAAGCGAACCGAAAAGCAAAACCGGAUUUCGGGCUAUACCUGGUGAUUUUAUGGUAAUUCGCGCCACCGGGCAAAAAAAAAAACCCUCGCCGAGGGGACACUCCGGGGAACUAACGGGCUGGUCCCAGGGUCCCAAACCCAGGUCCCUCAGGGCCAAGGGCUUCCACUAA